GGCGGUCGUUGUGCCCACGCCGCCAACCGGCCGGCGAGCGCCAUGGCGGAGGAGGUGAGGCGGGAGGAGGAGACCGGCGUGAGGCGGGCCCCGAACCCCCGGGCGCUCCGAGACCCCCACCGGGCCGCCUGGGCCUCGCCGUGCUACUGCGGCCCGUAGGCGCCCAGGCCCGGCCGGAGCCCCCGCUCGUCCCCCGCGCCCCCGGCCCGGCCUCGCCGGCCUCCCCUUGGGCCCAGCGCGGUGCCGGGGUCAGCGGUUCUCUCGGGUCUCGGGACAGGUCAUUUCUGAUUUUGACAUGACCUUGAGCAGGUUUGCAUAUAAUGGAAAGCGAUGCCCUUCUUCUUACAAUAUUCUGGAUAACAGCAAGAUCAUCAGUGAGGAGUGCCGGGAAGAGCUCAAAGCGCUCCUCCACCACUAUUACCCAAUUGAGAUUGACCCACACCGGACCAUCAAAGAGAAGUUACCUGACAUGGUGGAAUGGUGGACCAAAGCGCAUGAGCUCCUGUGCCAGCAGAAGAUUCAGAAGUUUCAGAUAGCCCAGGUAGUGAGAGAGUCCAACGCAAUGCUUAGGGAUGGAUACAAGACGUUCUUCAACACCCUCUCCCAGAACAGCGUUCCCCUUUUCAUCUUCUCCGCGGGUGUUGGGGAUAUCCUGGAAGAAAUCAUGCGCCAGAGGAAAGUGUUCCACCCAAACAUCCACAUCGUCUCUAACUACAUGGAGUUUGAUGAAGAUGGCUUCCUGAAGGGAUUCAAGGGCCAGCUCAUACACACCUACAACAAGAACAGCUCCGUGUGCGAGAACUCUGGUUACUUCGAGCAGCUUCAGGGCAAAACCAACAUCCUCCUGCUGGGAGACUCCAUGGGGGACCUCACUAUGGCUGAUGGGGUUCCUGGCGUGGAGAACAUUCUCAAGAUUGGCUUCCUAAAUGACAAGGUGGAGGAGCGGCGGGAGCGCUACAUGGACUCGUAUGACAUCGUGCUGGAGAAGGAUGAGACGCUGGACGUGGUCAACGGGCUGCUGCAGCACAUCCUGCCGCAGAGGGACUGGAUGGAGAUACAGGGCUCCUGAGGGCGGGCCGGGGUCAGGCCCUGCGGGCUGUGACGAGGAGGGGCUUCACCCGAAGGCCACUCUGCUCUGAGCACUGCUCCUCCCCGUGCUGCAGAGAGGAGUCCGGGCGGCUGGGAGCUGCUGGCCCACGCCCCUCCCUCCCCCGUUCCCUGGCUUCGUGGUUUGUGUUCUCCGGAGCCUUGAGGGACCCCUGCCAGCCCGGAGGGCAGCAAAAGCCAUUCUAGAUGAACUGUGGACCUACACAGUGUUAGCACUUUAGGAAUCAUUUGGUCCAGGGAAUCUUUUUUCCAGUAUUUUUUAACAUGGGAAGCUGCUCUUCAAACAAAUCUAAUAUGUGAAACAGAUCAAAAUAAAAAAAGGAAAAGACA